AUGAAUCGACAACAGGCCGCCGAAAAGGCCUUACAUGACCAGACAAACAUCCUACCAAUCGUCCAGCUAUUGAUUGUUUUCUCUGGCCUUGCGGUGUCUCUGCUCAUCACGUUCGUUGACCAGAAUGGCAUCAGUGUCACUUUGCCCACUAUCGCGAAAGACCUCAAUGCUGAAAACACAAUAUCUUGGGCGGGUACAUCUUCCUUGAUAGCAAAUACCGUGUUCACGGUGCUGUAUGGCCGUCUUUCGGAUAUCUUUGGUCGAAAAAUCGUUUACUUGUCGGCAAUUGGUCUGCUAUGUAUUGCGGAUUUGCUUUGUGGCCUAUCACAGAAUGCAGCCAUGUUUUAUGUAUUCCGGGGUUUCGCUGGUGUUGCAGGAGGUGGUGUCACUUCACUGACGAUGAUCAUUGUAUCUGAUAUUGUGACGCUCGAGGAACGUGGGAAGUAUCAAGGAAUCCUCGGUGGCUCCUUGGGAAUGGGCAAUGUGAUAGGACCAUUCAUCGCGGCAGCCUUCAUCAUGAAAUCGACAUGGCGCGGAUUCUUUUGGCUCCUGUCCCCUUUGGCAGCAUGUUCCGCCGUCGUCGGCUAUUUCCUGAUUCCGAAUAAUGCCCGCAAAGACGGUGUUAUGGAGAAUCUGAGACGGAUCGACUAUUUCGGUAUCAUCGCUUCGUCCAUUGGAAUCAUCUUCCUGCUCAUCCCGAUAUCUGGCGGUGGCUCCUACUUCCAAUGGAAUUCCGCGAUGGUGAUAAGCAUGCUUGUCAUUGGGACUUGCUCGCUCGUUGCAUUUGUCUUUAUCGAGUGGAAAGUGGCCACUCUGCCCAUGCUUCCAGUGGUGUUCUUCAAGAACAAGGUUCUGUGUGCUUUGUUUCCACAGAGCUUUCUUUUAGGUGCCGUCUAUCAAUCAUAUCUGUACUAUCUCCCACUAUAUUAUCAGAACGCACGAGGAUGGUCUCCAAUUGUCUCGGCAGCCCUGACAGCUCCAAUGGUCGGCUGCCAGUCAAUUGCGUCCAUCGUGUCUGGACAUUAUAUCUCUCGAACCAAGCGAUAUGGGGAAGUAAUUUGGGCUGGCUUUGGACUUUGGACACUGGGCGCGGGCCUGAUGCUAUUAUUUGACCAACAUACCCAUCCUGCUGUGAUCGCGGUCGUUGUCGGCAUCGCAGGCCUCGGCGUUGGCUGGACUUUCCAGCCGACAAUGAUUGCGUUCCAGGCUCACUGUACGAAGUCUCAUCGGGCAGUAGUGAUAUCGGACCGCAAUUUCUUCCGCUGCUUCGGAGGUGCAUGUGGACUGGCUGUCUCUGCUGCCGUCUUGCAGGCAACACUGCGAGCCAACCUCCCACAGGGCUAUCAAUACCUGUCUCAUUCGUCUUAUUCCCUUCCCUCGUCAUCUGAUAUAUCCGCGUCGGACUGGUCACAGAUCCUCAAUGCUUAUGCCAAAGCCUCAAGAGGCGUUUUCAUCCUGCAGGUUCCUCUCAUUGGGUUGUGUUUUAUUGCCUGUCUCUUUAUCCGGGAUCGUGGUCUCGAACGGCCUAAGGAACCAGGAGAGGAGGAAGAAAGUCAAGAUACGGCACAAAGGCCGGAUGAAGAACAGCCUAAUGCAAUCGGGGUUCCCCUGAAGUCGGAGAAGGUCGUGAAUGGCGAGGCAAAGGGGGGGGUACUGCCUACAGGGCAACAUCCCGUCGGUGCUGUGCUGCCAUCUCAGGAACAUGCAGCACAGCAGUCAUGA